UGUCCUUCCUUGGUCUCUCUCACAAAGGCAAAAGAUGAAAGCGGCGGACCCUGCAUGCUUAGUGCUUGACUGACUUGUGAGCUCUAGAGCUAUGCUUCUUGCAAACAAAAAUCUGUCCAUAAAAGUAACCUUUCUUUCCAAGUACCCCUUUUCCAAAUUUCAAGUGGCCAGGAUGCAAACUUCAAGUGGAAAGAUUGUGCACGCGCCUUCCCAUGUUGCAGCAAAGCCUGUCUAUACAUGUUGAACCACCACCGCAUGCUAGUGCCAUUGCUCUCUCAUCAGGGCUGCAGAGCAGAGUGCAAGCAAGGAAGGCAAUUGGUCUUGAUCCGUCGUCCCUUCUUGCCCACUGACAAAUGGGUGAUUCCCAUGCUGUGGACAUCGAGUCCCUGGCCCGGCAGCUGAGAGAGGAGCUGGCCGCCGCCGACGCGCCGGCGCCGCGGUUCGCCAGCGGCUGCCCCAUCCUCAUCGCCGAGGUCGGCGAGCCCACCCGCAACGUCGACAACCACGGCGACUACGACCCGCACCACGUCUCCGUCGGCCCCUACCACCGCAUCAGGAACCCGCACCUCGCCAGGGACGACGAGAAGAUCAGGAACCUCUACGACGUCAUGUCGGCGUCGACCGCCGGCGCGACGCUUGAGGACUACCUCGGCGAGGUCGCUCGCCUCGAGGGCCGGGCCAGGAGCUGCUACGCCCACACGUUCGAGCAGCACAUGGACAGCGCGGCGUUCGUGCGCAUGCUGCUGCUCGAUGCCUGCUACGUGCUCGUCCGGUUCGGCCGCGUCGCCGAUGGCCACGAGCAGGGAGUUCCGCACCGCCGCGCCGAAGCGCCGUCGGUGGGCUGCGGCGACAUGAUGGAGACCGUCGCGGUGGUGCGCGACGUGCUGUAUCUUGCGGAGAAUCAGAUACCGUUCUUCGUCGUUGACACGAUCCACCGGCUCGCCGUUCCGGACGCCGGCGUCUCCGCGGCGGACGCCAUCGCGGGGUACGUCCGCGAGCUCCUGUGGGGGCAGCAGUACUCGGUGGCCACGCCGGCGGCGGCCGAGCCGGGCAACCUCCUGCACCUCCUGCACGUGCACUUCACGCCCACGCCCACCGCGGGGUCGCCACCCACCACCGGCGGCAAGGUCACCGGCGGCAAGCGUCCGGUGGGGCGGUGGCGCACGGCGACGGAGUACCACUGCGCCGGCGUGGGGUUCAGGGCCCGGUCCCUCGGCGGCAAGGGCGGCGCCCGCUCGAUCCUGGACGUGAAGCUGGACGGCCGCGGCGGCGCGCUGGAGAUCCCUCGCCUGAACGUCGACGCCGAGACGUGGCGGCUGCUGCGCAACCUGAUGGCGCUGGAGCAGAGCAACCCGGCGGCGGCCGGGAGCCGCGUGACGGCGUACUGCGUCCUCGUGUCGCAGCUGGCGUGCACGCCGCGGGACGUGGAGCUCCUGUCCAGGCGCGGCGUGAUCUCGCACGGCCUCGGCGGCCACGGCGAGGUCGCCGAGCGCCUCGCCGGGCUCUGCAGGGGCGUCGCGUUCGGGGCCGACGACCCCGCCGGGAACUACCUGCACGGGACGUGGCUGGCGCUGGAGGGGCGGUUCCAGAGCCGGCCGCGGCGGUGGGCGGCGUGGCUGAUGCUCAAGUAUUUCAGCAACCCGUGGCUCGCCGUCGGGCUCGCGGCGGCGGCCCUGGGGCUGGUUUGCACGGUGGUGCAGGCGGUGUACUCUGUCUUGAGCUACACACCGGGGGGCACGUAGGAACUCGUGUCAAGUAACCACCUCCCGACCUCCACUAUGAACAGCUGUGCCGUGUGCCCACGACAAGUCAAUAUAGGUGUGCCUAGUACAUCUUGCUUGUCCUUUUUUUUCUCUACUCUUUUACAUGAACAAAAGAUGAGGAUAAUCUUGUAUUUUCUUUCUUCGCAAAAAAACAUUUUGUAUUUUCUUUAGUGACUUCACGUGAGAAAGGCUACAUACACUUCGUGCUGGCAGAAAAUUUCGAGGCUCGUGUCAUAGGUUUGACUCA